AUGGGGCGGAAGGAGAUCAUCUGCAGCUGGAAGAAAAACAUCAGUAACAUCAAGGAUGUCUUUGACUUCAAAGGGAAAAUGGGAUCGGGGUCAUUUUCAGAGGUUUUUAUGGUGAGAGAAAAGACAACAGGGAACCUGUAUGCCCUGAAAUGUCUGAAGAAAAAGCACCUCGCUCAUAGCAACCUGGAAAAUGAAGUCAAUGUGCUAAGAAGGAUAACUCAUGAAAAUGUGGUGGGACUGGAGGAUUUCUAUGAGAGUCGAACACACUAUUACCUGGUCAUGCAACUGGUGUCAGGCGGGGAGCUUUUUGAUCGAAUUUUAGACAAGGGUGUUUACACCGAGAAGGAUGCAAGCACAGUGAUCAGACAGGUGCUGCAGGCUGUCAGCUACCUGCAUGAAAACAGCAUUGUACACAGGGACCUCAAGCCCGAAAACCUGCUGUACUAUAACACAGACAAGAAUGCUAAGAUCAUGGUCAGUGACUUUGGUCUGUCUAAGACAGUGGAGCAUGGUGUCAUGUCCACAGCCUGUGGGACACCAGGAUAUGUUGCUCCUGAGGUUCUGGCCCAGAAACCCUACAGCAAAGCAGUGGACUGCUGGUCCAUUGGAGUCAUCACAUACAUUCUGCUCUGUGGCUACCCUCCAUUCUUUGAAGAUAAUGAAAUUCGUCUGUUUUCAAAGAUCAGGAGAGCUGAGUAUGCUUUUCAUUCACCAUUCUGGGACGACAUUUCUGAGUCAGCUAAAGACUUUAUCAGGAAUAUGAUGGAGAAAAACCCCACCAAGCGCUUCACCACUGAACAGGCAAUCAGGCACCCUUGGAUUUCAGGAGAUACAGCUAAAGACCUGGACAUCUAUCAGUCUGUCUGUGAACAGAUGGAGAGAAACUUUGCCAAAUCUAAGUGGAAGCAAGCCUUCAAUGCAACCUCAGUAAUCAAUCACAUGAAGAAACUGCAGCUGUCCCACAGUGAUUCCUCCCCUUCACCCCUCUCCAUGCCAAAUAUCAUAGUGCAGUCCUCCUCCCAGGAUGAUCUAACGGCGCUAGGACCCUGCCACGAUGAAACAGCUGCCCUCGACCCAAACGGAAAUCCUUUUGCCACUCAUGUAUCCUGCAGCAACCCUGAGUCAGUUAGGGGUCUGUGUCCAUCACUGAGACCCAGUCACAGUGAGCCCCAUCAUGUCCUCACCGUCGAGGAGUCAAGUGAAGUCCAUACCUUUAAGUCAGAGAGCGACGCCCCUCUCAGGCCGUCCAGGAGCAUGGAUGCUGUGGCUCAGAGGAAGAACCUCCCACUCCAGUCCGGAGUCUGCUCUCUCAUGUGAUUGGCUGGUUAACUGGAAAUGAAUCUCAGUGGAUCCUUCUUGGUGUGAAGGUGUCAACACAUCUGGUGUACAGCAUUUUCAUGUCUGUUGUGGUCCCCUGCUGCAGAAACCAGACGCAUGCUCUACCUUUAUCAAAGAAAGCAAUGACUGUGUGCAGUGAACAUCACAUAAGAACAGACAUAAGUGGGAAUUCAUCACUUAGA